AUGUCAGUGCUCACCUGUCAUAUCGCCUAUUGGGAAUCUAGCUCGGAAGAACUAUACGGCACUAUUGUAUGCUACUCUUCAACGCCAAGUUUCAAUCUCAAGUUUCAGGGUGACUUCGAUCUCCGAACAUCUCCGCAAACUUUCUAUUUUCUGUCCAUGGCGGCAAAAGCGGCCGACCGGGUAAUAACUGGCGCUGUUAUCGGCGACGGCCAUCUGUAG